CACUCUGCUACCUUUCAGAAGACACAGAAAAUAGCUCCCUGGAUAAGAAAUGCUUCUUUCCAACCUCCUCCUGCUCAUGGCUGCUUUGCUGCCCCCAUCUCUAGAACAGGAGAACAGCACAGUGCUGAAUCUCUCCGAAGAGCAGAAGGAGGAAAUUAUUGAGAAAAUGAAUAACUUCAGGAGAGGGGUGCAGCCAACUGCCAGGAAUAUGCUGAAAAUGACAUGGAGCGAGAAAGCUGCAGAAAGUGCUAAGAAUUGGGCCAGCGAAUGCAUAGCCAGAAGCAGUCCCCUCAAACAAAGAUAUGUUGACGGUAUCUUAUGUGGCGAAAGCCUGUCACAGUCAAAUUUUGAAAGAUCUUGGAGCAAGGUCAUCGAACAUUGGUAUAACUCAGGGGCAACUUUCAAAUAUGGCCACAACGAAUUUGGCAAAGAAAAGGAUUAUUUGGGAUAUACCCAGAUGGUUUGGUAUAAUUCACAUGAGGUUGGAUGUGCCUUUGUCCGCUGCCCAGAACUUAAGUCCUCUUACUUUUAUAUGUGCCGCUUCUGCCCUUUAGGGAACAUAGAAGAAACAUUGGCAACGCCCUACAAGGAAGGCCCAUCCUGUGGAGACUGUCCUGACAACUGCGAGGAUAGACUCUGCACCAACCCAUGCAAGUAUGCGAACAGUUCUCCUGACUGUGAAGAACUGCUGGAGUACUUUAACUGUGAUCAGAGCUUGACCCAGGAAACAUGUGAAGCUUCCUGUAAAUGCAAAACAGAAAUAAUAUAAAACAUACACGAGCGCCACAAUAUUGACCUUGAGAGAUCCGUUCUUAACUGAAAUUCAUCAUUAAAAAGUAACUCUCAAAUGUCCACUUUGUGCUGAUUUUUCUGCUUCAGAAAUGUUUUGAACACCCCAAAACUCAUUGUUAAUGUGUUUGCCAUCCCUCUCUACUAAGUUUAACUUUACCUUAGACAAAAAUCUGCACUAAAUUAUUGUUGUUGUUAAAAUUUGUAAACCCACAGUUCACAAUUACACUAAACAGCAAUGAAGGCAUAUUCUGUGUUAUAUAUUAAUCCUGAGCAUUGUUCCAUAUAGUAGAGAUUGAUUUUGUAACCUUUUCAGAUUCAAACUUGAGUUGUUUGUUAGAUUUUGUAACUUUUGGUAACAAAAUAUAACGGUGAAAUUCUCUGUUUUCAAACUUGGUACAGUACUGAAAUCUUUGGCAGUUUGUCCCUGUUCCACCUGACCAUAGUUUUAGCAAAUGAUCACGAACACGUGUGGGAUU